UGAUGCACUAUGUUGGUUUUGUCGGAAUAAUGAGGAUUUAAGGAUAUUUUGUCCAGUGAUAGUAGCAGGUAGUGAGUCUGCAUUCUUCGGUGAUGACAUCACAACAGAAGCUUGGAGAUAUCUUUAAGCAUUGCAUUGAUACGUCCAUAACAGGCAAGCUUGCUUCAAAUAAAGAUGCAAGGACAAAGCAGCCCGGUUGUUCUUUUUCUGCGUCUAUGUCUGUCCCACCGUAAAGUUGUGUUUGUUUGUACUUUAGCGGCUGCUUUAUUCGUGACGAUUCAAUGGGCCAUGAUUCCUCUCGAUGUAAAGCAUUACGAAGGGGCGAGGUCAGAAAGAUUUGGAGCUGUUCCUGGACAUAGGACUGAGAAGCCGAAUAUUGUAUUCAUUUUGGCAGACGACUAUGGGUGGAAUGACAUAGGUUAUCACAACUCAUUUAUACGUACACCGAACCUUGACAGACUGGCGUCCGAGGGAGUAAAGUUAGAGAACUAUUACGUGCAGCCCAUAUGUAGCCCGUCAAGGGAACAACUAAUGACGGGCAGAUAUCAGAUCCACUAUGGGCUACAACACAGCGUUAUCAUGUGCGACCGUCCACACGGUCUACCUCUUGACGAAGUGACUUUACCGCAGCGACUGAAAGAAAACGGAUACUCCACUUAUAUGGUUGGCAAAUGGCAUUUGGGAUUCUUUAGAAAAGAAUACAUGCCAUUGCAAAGAGGAUUCGAAAGAUUUUUUGGUUACUUGACUGGUGGUGAAGAUUAUUGGACACAUCGGAAACCAAGUCAGUUUUCUAAGGAUCCCUCGGAAUUUCAUGGUUUGGACCUUCGGGACCAAGAUAAACCCGUGCUGGAUCAGAAUGGAACAUAUUCGACCCACCUGUUUGCCAGGAAAGCGAUUGAAAUGAUAUUAAAUCACGAUCAGAGCAAGCCAAUGUUCCUGUACCUGCCAUUCCAAGCCGUCCAUGGCCCCCUCGAAGCACCAGAAGAAUACAAAAGAAUAUAUGAGGACAUAGAUAAUAGUCUAGUGAGAACGUAUGCUGCAAUGGUAACAGUAAUGGACGAGGCAGUUGGUAACGUCACAGGCGCAUUAAAACAUCGCGGUAUGUGGCGCAACACAAUAUUAAUAUUUUCCACAGGUGAGCAUUUUCUUAACGGUUCGACCGGUGAAACAAAACCAUUGGAUGGAUUUGAUGUCUGGGAUACUAUAAGCACUGGGGCUGCCUCGCCGAGGAAGGAAAUCCUCCAUAACAUUGAUCCACUAAAGCCCAGUUCUCCGUUACAAUCCUCCCACAAACUAUAUGGGGACAUAUUUAACACCUCGGUGUAUGCAGCUCUUCGAUCUGGAGACUGGAAGAUAUUGACAGGUUCUCAAGAUCGAGGUGGCUGGAAACACGAAGGUCCUUCUCACAACCUCUUUGACAAGCCGAAUGAUCCGCCUGAGAAAAGUAUAUGGCUGUUUAAUAUCCGCAGUGACCCAGAGGAAAAAAAAGAUUUGUCAGACAGUCAUCCUGGCAUUGUGCAAGAUAUGCUGAUUAAGUUAGCGGAAUAUAACAAGACCGCCGUUUCUCCAUUUUGGCCCCCUCGCGACCUGAGAGCUAACCCUGCACUUCAUGGAGACCUUUGGGGGCCAUGGCUUUAAUUAGAUUUAAGUUAAGGGCUAAUUUACUACACUUAAGAUAAAUGAGGGUAACAAUACUCUCUUAUACAAUAUAGAAUGUUAUCGAAUAAUAUAUCAUGCCGUGUUGAUUUGAUUAUAUGGAUGACUUCCAGAUGCAAAAAUUGACGGAAAAUUCCAAAGAAACAAUAAAAUAAAUCAGACAGUAUAUCGUACAAAACAGCUGCAACGUGAGCAAAUAUAUGAUGUAUAUUGCACAAAAAAUGUCGAAAAACAAUACUAAAUUAUGAAAUACCAAGCAAUGGUAAUUCAAAGAUGACGGAAUAAUAUGUGAAAGCACUAAAAGCAGAAUACAUUGCUUGGUAAACCAUACCCCUUGCAUUUGUGAACACUUAAAUUUCAUGUUGAAGGGAAACAUUUUAUCCGCACGUUCACAUCAGUAUUGGAGUGCCAAGAGCCAUAUACUCAAAUCAACAUAGCCUUAGCAGCAAAAAUACCUUUGUAAUCCGUUCCAUGUACAUUGUAAACUUUCUGCCAUGAAAAUGGUGAUGUUAAAGAAAAAUUAAAUCACUACAGCUGGAAAUGUA